AAGACGAGCUUCAAACAUUAAAACACCACAUCAAUUUACUUACAGAUGAGAAAUGAUCACCUGAAAAACCUGACAUAACAUGCGCCUUUUGCUGUACUUUAUACUGUUUUUUCUUCCUUUCUGCGUAAAGGGAGUUUAUCCUGUGCGCACAGGGCUCCCUACUUGCGCGCGUCAUUUGGAGACUGUUGAUCAACUCACUAAUUACACCUCCAUCUCUCUUUCUCUCUCUCUCCUCUCGCUCUCCCUCCCUCCCUCCUCGGCUCUCUUGCACCCUCCCUCCCUCUGUCUCUCUCUCUCUCCCAUUCGCCCUCUCUCUCUCUCUACCCAUUCCCAGAGUGCAUAUCGGGAAAUAGACACACAAAGACAUGCGCACUCAACUUAAUCAGCCAUUUUUUUAAACAGGGCUAAAACGAUAAUAAUUAGCAGAAUAAAGACAUAUCGGAUUUUCGUUUCCCGUCCUGCGUUUCGCGACCCCCUUUUUCCACAGAGACACCGCGAGGCAGCCCGUGUCGACACGUCGUUUCACCGCCACCGGAACCAAAAUAAGGGAUAGCUCUCGGUGAUUUUUACCCCGGCUUUGCCACUCUAAAGUUGGAGGAUUAUUGUAAUUUUCUCUGCUUUUCCACCUUUUGAUUGUCCAAUUACGCAAGCCGCUGGAUGUGACUGUUUUCGAAAGUCGAGCGCACGGAGAGGAGCCGGAGGUGACGGCUUUGGAGGGGGAAGAAAGUCCCUGUUAGGCUGGAUGAGAUGAGAUCCCUAUGUAGUGGUCGUCAUGGCAACUUGUGACUCUCCCCCUAUGGUGUCGUCACGGCAGCAGGAACAUGGUAGCCAGAGGCUGGACACUGCUGCUGAGGACAACUCCGUCAUUGCCAUGGAGACAAAUGUCACCAACAGCAUCAGUGCCAACAACAAACAAAUGUCACCUGUUGUUGCCAUCAUCGGAGAGCCGGAGAAUGGCCUUGGAGAGCCCACUAUAACCCUGCUGAGGUCCACUACUACCCCCAACACUGUCAGUGCAACCACUGACUCUGUAACUGAACAGAGCCGGAGAGAAAGCUUUACUACCGGGAACAAAGGGGGUGUUACCGGGACUUUACCAGGAGGAGGAGGAGCAGCUUUGGGUUCGGACUGUUCUGCCCCCGCCACAUCUCCUGUGGCACCUGCAAAGGAGAUACCCUGCAACGAAUGUUCAAGCUCCUUCUCUAGUUUACAAAAAUACAUGGAGCACCACUGCCCCAAUGCCCGCCUGCCUAUCACUGGAGGUCAUGAAGAGAGGGAGGAGAUGGAAGCGUUAGUAGGAGAGGAUAGUGAAGAUGAAGGAGAGCGUGAGGGAGGUGUUGCAGAAUUGGGGGAAAUGAACAGUGAGAUGGAAAUGGAAGAGGAGAGCGAUGUCGAGAAUCUGUGCGGUGAGAUCAUCUACCAGCCCGAUGGAUCUGCCUUCAUCCUGGAGGACUCCAAAGAGCAGUGUGGCAGCCAAGGGGGACUUUCAGCAGCUCUCAAGUUUAGGGGCCUGCUGUCUCCCCAGACCCUCCCCAAUGCCCAGGCCAGUAAUGGCCAGAGUGGCCUGAGCCCUGGGGGGGAGCAGCCUGCUGCACCCACGUCCUUCUACCCCCAGAUCAUCAACACCUUCCACAUUGCCUCAACCCUUGGAAGCAAACCCCUGGCAGCCGACCAUCCCUCCUUCCCAAAUACCUCAGCUGGAGGGCUGGCGGGUGCUGGUCCUGUGUUGCACAGUUUCCGUGUCUAUGACCUCCGCCACAAGAAUGACAAAGACUAUCUUAAGGCGGAUGGUGCAGCCAAAAACUCCUGUGUGUCCAAAGAUGUCCCAAACAAUGUGGACUUGUCCAAGUUUGAGGGCUGUGUGCCUGAUGGGCGGCGGAAGCCAGUGUUGAUGUGUUUCCUCUGCAAGCUAUCGUUUGGCUACAGUCGGUCCUUCGUGACGCAUGCUGUCCAUGACCACCGUAUGACCCUGAAUGAGCAGGAGCAGAAGCUUCUGAGCAACAAGCAUGUGUCUGCCAUCAUCCAGGGUAUUGGCAAGGACAAAGAACCUCUUAUAAGCUUUCUGGAACCAAAAAAACCCCCCAACUCUGUGCUACCCCACUUUCCCACACCUGCCAACUUUUUAGGGCCAGACAUGGGGCUCCGCGGAUUGUGGAAUGCUUUCCACAAUAGUGGGGAGAAUACCGAUUCUCUUCAAGCAGGUUUUGCCUUCCUGAAGGGCAGUGCCAGCAGCUCCUCUAAUGACCAAACCCCCAGAAACCAAACAAUGCCAAAGGCUGAGAUCAACCCAAACCUCGGGGGAGGGGCUGGUGCCCAAAGAACCCCAAGUGGGAGUUCUGCUGCUGCUGCCUCUGGUGGCAACUCGGAAGGUCGGAAUUCUGAUAGUGACUGCAAGGGCCAAGUUAGGGACACAUGCACUUUGCAACCCAAUGGGCCGGACCUGAGCCAGUACCCAUCAAUUAAGCAGGAGCCCGGUGCAGUGGGAGGACAGAGCCCAGAGCAGGAUGAGGAUGCUUACUCCAAUGGUGGAGUAGAAAUGGAGGCAGAGGAGGAGGAAGAACAGGCCAUGAACAUGACAAUGACAUGCCAGAGGGCUGGCAGCACGAGUAGCAAAGAUUUCCCUCUCUUAAACCAAAGUAUUUCCCCCAUAUCCAACAGUGUGUUAAAGUAUAAAAAUGACAGCAGAAGCCCAGUAUCCAACUCCUCUUCUAUCCUGCCUAUGUGUGAGAAGCUGGAGAUGGAGAAGGGCCGUUUGGCCACUGCCCUGGCAGCUGCUAGAGAGCGGGAAAGCAGCAAUGACUCAACCAGUGAAGCCCUAGCAUGUCGUGAUGCGUCGUCGCCAUCCUCUCAUGCACUUGAUAUGAUAUUACGCAGAGAUGAUGAAAGUCCUGGGCCUCUGCAUCACCACACAGGAAACCCAAGCGCACCUGGAACACCAGGGACACCAGGUACCCCUGGUCCAGGUGAAGGAUCUCCAGGCAGUGGGGUCGAGUGUCCAAAGUGUGAUACGGUCCUGGGAUCUUCCCGGUCCCUGGGAGGACACAUGACAAUGAUGCAUUCACGUAACUCUUGCAAGACGCUCAAGUGUCCCAAGUGUAACUGGCACUACAAGUACCAGCAGACACUGGAUGCGCACAUGAAGGAGAAACAUCCAGAGUCAGGUGGAUCGUGUGUGUACUGCCGUACAGGACAGCCUCACCCACGUUUAGCCAGAGGCGAAAGUUAUACCUGUGGAUACAAACCCUUCCGCUGUGAGGUAUGCAACUACUCAACUACCACCAAAGGCAACCUUAGCAUCCACAUGCAGUCGGACAAGCAUCUAAACAAUGUACAAACACUGCAAAAUGGCGGCAGUGAGGCACAGUACAACCAUAAUCACGCCAACCCUGUGUCCAGUGCCAGCCUGACUGGAGGUUGUGGUGCACCUUCACCGUCCAAACCCAAACAGAAGCCCACAUGGCGCUGUGAGGUAUGCGACUAUGAGACCAAUGUGGCUCGGAACUUGCGAAUCCACAUGACCAGUGAAAAACACAUGCACAACAUGAUGCUGCUCCAGCAAAACAUGAAGCAAAUCCAACACAGCCUCCAUCUAGGCCUGGCACCGGCCGAGGCAGAGCUUUACCAGUACUACCUGGCUCAGAACAUGGGCCUGGCAGGAGUCAAACUGGAGAGCCCAGCUGGUAGCGGCGGCCCAGAUGCUCAGAUGAUGAUUAACCCAUUCCAGCUAGACCCUGCAACAGCGGCUGCUCUUGGAUCUGGAUUAGUGAACAGUGACCUAUCAGCGGAAUUGCGUCUUGCCAGUAGUCAACUGAUGGCCGACGACCUCUCCUUGGUGACGGCGGGUGGCCUGGGCGGCAUGUCUUCAUCAGAUCCCUCCCUGUCCUCCUUGUCGCCACCCAUUAGCGACCCCUCGCUCCGCCUCUACCAGUGCGCCGUGUGCAACUGCUACUCCACGGACAGUCUGGAGGCCCUCAACACCCACGUCAACGCCGAGCGUUCUUUGCCAGAGGAGGAGUGGCGCUGCGUGGUGGGUGACGUCUACCAGUGCAAACUGUGCAGCUACAACACGCAGCUUAAGGCCAACUUUCAGCUGCACUGCAAGACCGACAAGCACAUGCAGAAGCACCAGCUGGUGGCCCACAUCAAGGAGGGAGGCAAGGCCAACCAGUGGAGAUUAAAGUGUGUGGCCAUUGGCAACCCCGUGCACCUCAAGUGCAAUGCCUGUGACUACUACAGCAACAGCGUGGAUAAACUGAGGCUACACGCCACCAACCAGAGGCACGAGGCCGCCAUACGUCUCUACAAGCACUUGCAGAAACAGGAUUGCGCAUACAGCUCAGAGUCGUGCAUCUACUUCUGCAGCCUGUGCGACUACUCCACUAAAGCUCGCCUCAACCUGGUGCAGCACGCCCGCUCAGCUUGCCACCAGCAGAAUGAAGGGCUGAGGAAACUCCAGCUGCAUCAGCAAGGCCUGGACGAGGAUGGACUGAGCCUCCAUGAGCUGUUCCACGUUAAGGAGUGUCCCUCCACCCAAGAGGAGACAGCUGAGGACAAUGAGAGGCCUCCUCGCUCGUCCUCCAGACCUGGACUCAACCUGGCCGACCGAGACCUGACGGACAGCAGGAGAACCGAGAGAGUGAACGCUGCACCCAAAGAACUUACAGGACCCAAUGCUUUGGUUAAACAUUCCCUCCUGCCGGAUCGACAGAUCGAAAGUCCCCCCAAAAGGUCCAAGUCAGCCGAGGGGAAGACGUCCGCCAAUGAGCAGAUCCAGCAGUGUCCCUACUGCAACUACAGCAGCAAAGAUGCCAACCAAAUGCAGCUCCAUGUGAUGUCUCAGCAUUCCAUGCAGCCGGUGAUCCGCUGCCCACUGUGCCAGGACGUCCUGAGCAACAAAAUCCACCUGCAGCUGCACCUCACCCACCUGCACAGUGUGGCGCCAGACUGCGUGGAAAAGCUAAUUUUGACCGUUGUUGGACCUGACACAGCAUCACCAAAUAACAUAAUGCAUCCCCAACCCGGACAAGACAAAGGUCUCUCUUUAAUGGAUUCCUCUGCAUCUCUUUCUGAUGGAUCAGGAAAGUCUCAAGGAAACCUCUCAAAGGAUGAGCUGACCAGUCUGCAAAAGAAUGAAUUGGACCUGCAGGGUCAGGAACUCAAGCCCCCAAAGGAGGCCUCCGAGGCCCCUGACUGGAAGAGAACCAGUGGUUUAGGGCAUGACAGCAAGUCACCAGAUGUUCUUCAGGACCACUUUAGUGAGCUGCAAAGGCUCCAGCAGCAACAGCAGCAGCUCUCUGUGUCUGAUCGUCAUGUCUACAAAUACCGCUGUAACCAUUGUAGCCUGGCCUUCAAGACCAUGCAGAAGCUUCAGAUACAUUCCCAGUAUCAUGCUAUCAGAGCAGCCACUAUGUGUAGCCUUUGCCAGCGCAGCUUCAGGACAUUCCUGGCUCUCAGGAAGCAUUUGGAGAAUGGACACCCUGAACUGAGUGAGGCUGAGGUGCAGCAGCUCAUAGGGAAUCUUCCGCUGAAUGGUGACAUCACAGAGAGUGAGGCCAGGGCUUUGGAAGAGGCUCAGGCCUUUGAACACGACUUGGACAAAGAAGAUGAAAUGGACCAGGAAGACAAGCCCAGUCCUACAGGAAGUGAUAGCAGCUCUCUGUUAGAUGACAUGGGAACAGAACCAAAACGGACCCUGCCAUUUAGAAAAGGGCCAAAUUUCACAAUGGAGAAAUUUCUGGACCCUUCCCGGCCUUACAAGUGCACAGUAUGCAAAGAGUCGUUUACCCAAAAGAACAUCCUCCUAGUCCACUAUAAUUCAGUCUCCCACCUACAUAAGUUGAAGAAAGUCCUCCAGGAAGCCUCCAGCCCAGUUCCACAAGAGACAGGCAACAGCAUUGACAACAAGCCUUUUAAAUGCAAUAUUUGCAACGUCGCUUACAGCCAAAGCUCAACACUUGAAAUCCAUAUGAGGUCAGUGCUCCAUCAGACCAAAGCCAGAACAGCCAAAACUGAAAUGAGCAACAGCAGCAGUGUCACCGGCACGAGUGGUCCAGCACCAGCAAAAAGCCCAGCCCUGUCCACGCAAGGGAGCAACAACAUCAGCAACUCAGACACUGCAAGAAGUGCAACUCCCUUGACAAACAAAGAGAACACAGUGGAACACAAAGAAACCAACAACAACAGCAGCAGCAACACAAAGCAAACCGCCACUACUGACCAUGUCUCAGCACAGCCGAGCAGCCAUCAGUCAGCACAGGCCUCAGCACAACUACAGCUGCAGCUUCAGCACGAACUCCAGCAACAGGCCGCCUUCUUCCAACCUCAGUUCCUUAAUCCAGCUUUCUUUCCUCAUUUUCCUAUGACCCCUGAGGCAUUACUACAGUUCCAACAGCCACAAUUCCUCUUCCCCUUCUACAUCCCAGGGGCAGAGUUCAACCUUAGCCCAGAGCUUGCUCUACACUCAGCUGCAGCUUUCGGAAUGCCUGGUCUUACCGGAUCAUUUCUAGAGGAUCUGAAGCAGCAGAUGCAACAACAGCACCAGCUGCAGCAGGCUCAGGCCCAGCAACAGGCUCAGCAACAGCAGCAGCAGCAGCAGCAGCAGCAACAAGCCUGUCAGGCCCAAGUGCAGAUUCAACAGAAGAACCAGCAACUUCAAAACCAGAAACCCAAAAUGGAAUCCAGCACUUUGUCUGUCUCUGAAAAUCAGAUAUCAAGAGAAGCCGAAGAGCACCUGGAGAAACAAGAAAACAAAACAAAGAUGGAAAAUGGAGGCGAUGCAUUAAAUGAUGGAGGGAAAGAUAACAAAGAACUGAAAAAGUCAAAGUUUCCAGAACCUUUAAUUCCUCCACCACGUAUUGUGUCGGGGGCUCGAGGCAACGCAGCCAAAGCACUGCUGGAGAACUUUGGAUUUGAAUUGGUCAUCCAGUACAAUGAAAACAGACAGAAAAACCAAAAGAAAAGCAAAGAUGGAGUUGAACAAGUGGAGAUGAACACGGAUAAGCUUGAGUGUGGGAUGUGUGGAAAGCUCUUCUCCAAUAUGCUGAUUCUCAAAAGCCACCAAGAACAUGUACACAGUCACUUUUUCCCUUAUGUGGAGCUUGAAAAGUUUGCACAGCAGUACAGAGAGGCAUAUGACAAACUGUAUCCUAUCAACCCGGCUUCACCAGAGACUCCGCCACCGCCACCGCCGCCUCCUCCUCCUCCACCUCCUCCACCGCCUUCCGCACCACCAUCUGCUCCCACCCCAGUAACUGUUUCUCAGCCUUCUUCUAUAGCAAUGACAAAGCCCCAAACCCCAGUACCUUCACCGAUUCCUGUCCAGACCCAACAUCAACCCACUCACCAGGCUCCUCCACCCCAGCCACCACCCCCUCCACCUCCACCACCCACAGCUCCACCUACUCCAUCCCAAGUUCAGCUCCCGGUCCCCUUGGAUCUUCCUCUCUUCCCACCUCUGAUGAUGCAGUCUGUUCAGCAUCCAGCCCUGCCCCCACAGCUGGCCCUCCAAUUGCCGACUAUGGACUCCCUUUCCACAGAUCUAACACAGCUCUGCCAGCAGCAGUUGGGACUAGAUCCAAACUUCCUUCGCCAGUCCCAAUUUAAACGACCACGCACACGUAUCACUGAUGACCAGCUUAAAAUUCUCCGUGCCAACUUUGACAUCAACAAUUCCCCGAAUGAAGAGCAAAUUCAGGAGAUGUCAGAAAAAUCUGGCUUGCCACAAAAAGUUAUCAAGCACUGGUUUCGUAACACCCUCUUCAAAGAGAGGCAGCGAAGUAAAGACUCCCCCUACAAUUUUAACAUUCCCCCGAUUACUACAUUGGAUGACAUUCGAAUGGAGGCCCAGCUUAGCACACAAGAAUUCUACAGAACUGACUCAGCCCUGAACAAGAGGUCAUCCAGGACCAGAUUCACAGAUUACCAGUUGAGGGUACUCCAAGAUUUCUUUGACACCAAUGCCUACCCAAAGGAUGAUGAGAUUGAGCAGCUCUCUACUGUGCUCAACCUCCCAACCAGGGUCAUCGUGGUGUGGUUUCAAAAUGCUCGUCAGAAAGCUCGCAAGAGCUAUGAGAACCAGGCAGACUCCAAAGACAAUGAGAAAAAAGAGCUCACUAAUGAGAGAUACAUCCGAACCAGCAACAUGCAGUACCAGUGCAAAAAGUGUAACACUGUGUUCCCACGUAUCUUUGACCUUAUCACUCAUCAGAAAAAGCUGUGUUACAAGGAUGAAGAUGAGGAAGGAAAUGAGGACUUCCAUUUUGAAGAAAAUAAUGAUUAUGCUGAGCAGUAUUCAGCAAAGUGUACACAACUAAUUUCAGAUCCACUCAGACAACCCCAAGGCACUUCCACCAGUUCUGGCUCAAGCUCCCCUGUGAUGCCCUCUCCUCGUGCCAACAUGGGGAAAACCUCCCCAAAGCCAGAAACCGCCCUUGAAACGGAACCAAAACAAGUUGAUGCUGUGCACUCGCCAGUGACCAAAUCACUUACAGAACCUAGACCAUCUAAGGCUUGCACACCUCAGCCACCACCCCAAAAACCUCCCCAGCCACAACUGUCAAGACCUCAUUCCCAGCCACAGGCAGCUGCAGUUCCCUCAAGUCCACUCUCUUUGGCCCUGUCCUCUCUCACAAACAGCCUCCCACACCAGAUGCUGCAGUAUCAAUGUGACCAGUGUAAGAUUGCAUUUUCAACUGUGGAGCUGUGGCAGGAGCACCAGCACAUGCAUUUCUUGGCUGCUCAGAACCAGUUCCUUCACUCCCAGUUCCUUGAACGACCCAUCGAUAUGCCCUAUAUGAUAUUUGACCCCAACAACCCCCUCAUGGCUAGCCAGCUGUUAUCUGGAGGCCUCUCCCAAAUACCCUCACAGAGUAGCUCUGGUUUGACUUCAGCUCCCGGUUCUGGGACCAUGAAGAGAAAGCUGGAAGACAAGGAUGAAGGUGUGACAGAUAAAGAUGGUGGAAACAGUAGUGAAGAGCAACACAGAGAUAAACGCUUGAGGACCACCAUCACACCAGAGCAACUAGAGAUUCUCUACGACAAAUACCUACUCGACUCCAACCCCACAAGAAAGAUGUUGGACCACAUUGCACGGGAGGUUGGCUUGAAAAAGAGAGUUGUGCAAGUUUGGUUUCAAAACACUCGUGCAAGAGAGAGAAAGGGGCAGUUUCGGGCUAUAGGGCCCUCCCAGUCCCACAAAAAAUGUCCCUUCUGCAGAGCACUGUUCAAGGCUAAAUCAGCUCUUGAUAGCCACAUACGAUCAAGACACUGGCAUGAGGCUAAGCAGGCAGGAUUCAGCUUGCCUCCAAGCCCAAUGAUGAAUCAAGAGAGUGAAAGAGGUGAAAGUCCAAAUAAGUAUAAUUUCUUUGACUACCCACAGCUGCCUACUAAGAUUGAGCCAAGUGAGUAUGAGCUGCCGACUGCAUCUUCAACUCCAGUCAAAACAUCUGAGACACAAGCAAAAAACUUCUUAAGCCCUUCAUCAUUAAAAACUGAAAACUGUGAUGAAACAGAAGGGCCAAAUGUUAAUUCAGUAGAAACCACACCAUAUGAUCUGAAUAAGAUGGACUUUGAUGAAACAUCAUCCAUUAAUACAGCCAUUAGUGAUGCUACAACUGGAGAUGAAGGCAACAACAAUGAGGUUGAGAGCUUCACCGUCAAUGGAGGGGACAAGCUUGGUGAAAAGAGUCACCUGGCAACAAAUUCUGAUGGGGGGAAUGACAGGUUCCAAUUCAGCAUGGUCAGCCCUGCCCUCAGCUUCUCUGGAAAAGACUGUGACUCUUACUUCAGCUCCAGAGAUGAUGAAAUGGAUGAAAGCAAUGACAGGAGUGAGUCAUCGAGCCUUGCUGACCCAAGUUCCCCGAGUCCCUUUGGAACAGGGAAUCCUUUCAAUAAGUCAGGGAAAGGCAGCAGUUCUGGGGAUAGGCCAGGCCACAAACGCUUUAGGACCCAGAUGAGUAAUCUCCAACUCAAAGUCCUCAAGGCGUGUUUUAGUGACUACCGCACUCCAACAAUGCAAGAGUGUGAGAUGCUGGGCAAUGAGAUUGGACUUCCCAAACGUGUUGUUCAGGUUUGGUUCCAGAAUGCCCGUGCUAAAGAAAAGAAAUUCAAGAUUAACAUCGGAAAGCCAUUCAUGAUAAGUCAAGGCUCACCAGAGGGACCCAGGCCUGAAUGUACUUUGUGUGGUGUAAAGUACACUGCCCGGAUGUCCGUUCGAGACCACAUCUUCUCCAAACAGCACAUCACCAAAGUGCAAGAAACCCUGGGGAACCAGGUGGACAGAGAAAAGGACUACCUUGCACCAACCACUGUACGUCAGCUGAUGGCUCAGCAAGAGUUGGACCGCAUGAAGAAAGCUGGUGAAGGGCUAAGUCUGUCUGGCCAGCAGCAACAGACUACAGUGGACAACAGCAAUGCACUUCACGGCCUCAGCCUACCGUCAGGCUACCCUGGAAUAUCUGGCCUUCCACCUGUGCUACUUCCCGGGGUCAAUGGGCCAUCAUCACUACCUGUGUUCCCACCCAACACACCCGCUUUAGCGUCUCCCGGUGCUGGCAUGCUUGGGUUCCCUACACCAGCCACCCCCUCUCCUGCCAUGUCUCUCAGCACUACCCCAACCAAGACUCUUCUGCAGACUCCUCCUCCUCCUCCUCCUCCACCUCCUCCUCCUGUUCCCUCCACACCUUUGGCAGCAGUAAAUCACACAGAGCAGCAAGGUAAAGACUCAGAGAGAGACAACAGCAAGAAAUCAGGAGACAAGCCACCACAGACGAAGGUAAAGGACCGAGAAAAUGAAGCCACAUCUCGCCCCGAGACCCCCAGCAUGGCCAGGAAAAGAGAGAAAUCAUGUCCAGCUUCAGGGAAACCAGGAAAUGAGGCUCAACUGGAUACUGCCCAGCUUCAGGCACUUCAGAAUGCUCUUGCCGCCGGAGAUCCCAGCUCUUUCUUGGGGGGGCAGUUCCUGCCCUAUUUUUUUCCUGGAUUUCCCAACUGCUUCUCUCCCCAGCUUCCCAGAGGAGUCCAAACAGGAGCCUACUUCCCACCACUGUGCGGGAUGGAGAACCUGUUUCCUUACGGCCCAGCAGCAGUCCCACAAGCUGCCAUGGCUGCCAGUCUCUCCCCGUCCGCGCUUCUGCAGCAGUAUCAGCAGUACCAGCAGUCGCUCCAGGAUUCACUGCAGAAGCAGCAACAGCAACAGAAACAGCUUGAGCAACAGCAGAAGCAGCAACAGCAAAAAUCAACACCCGUGAAGACGCCCCAGAGCAUACAGAGCACCACCACUACCAACACCUUCAGACCAAAAGAAUCUCUAGAUACUAAGGAUGACACCAACAGAGGCUCUUCAACAGAAAGCACAAAAGACGAACCGAAAACGGAUACCAAAAGUACCACGGAUUUUUCAGAUAAUUUUAUUGUAGGCAUACCGUCCGACAAGCAUGAGUUUAUAUGCAGGAAGUGCCAGAUGAGUUUUGCUGAUGAAGAGUCGGUGAUGCGUCAUCAGAAGUCCUUCUGUUAUUUCGGACAUCCUUUUACUGACCCACAAGAGACCGUGCUUCGGAAGGCAGUCAGCAGCUACACGUGCGUUGCCUGCAAUGUGGUUGUUAACGGGAGCAAAGCGCUUCGCCAACACCUUCAGUCGAGCUUGCACAAAGAGAAAACAAUCAAACAAGCAAUGAGAAAUGCCAAAGAGCAUACUAGAUUAUUACCUCACUCUGUCUGCUCCCCUACUCCUAACACCACAUCUACCUCGCAGUCUGCAGCUUCUUCUAAUAACACCUUUCCUCAUCUCUCUCGCUUGUCCAUGAAGUCCUGGCCAAAUGUCCUGUUCCAGGCCACCACAGCCCGGAAAGCUGCUUCCUCCUCCCCGUCCGCCUCUCCUCCUCCCCCCCUCUCCUCACCGUCAACGGUUACCUCAACUUCCUGCAGCACCUCAGGGGUUCCAACCUCACUACCCGCGGAGAGUUGUUCAGAUGAGUCUGACAAUGAGCUAAGCCAGAAGCUGGAUGACUUAGAUAACGCGUUGGAAGUCAAGGCUAAGCCGGCCUCUGGCUUAGACACGAGCUUCAGUAGUAUCAGAAUGGAUAUGUUCAGUGUGUAGGAGUGACAAAAGGAUCCCUUGCUUAAAGAAAAAAAUAAGACUUUUUAAACUGCAGUUCCAAAGUUUCUCUUAACCCAAAAAAUUACAGUACCAAAUGAUUGACUCAGGAUUGUUUUUCCCAUAUUGAUAUGCUGGCAAGAUAUUGAUUGAUUUUUGUUAUGGACAGAACUGUUGCAGAUGCUUGACUGAGCUUAUAUUGUAUACAAAAAAAGAAAAAAAAAAA